AGCCGGGCGAACUUCGAGGCGCAGCGAGGGGCAGGCUCGGCCUUGAGACGGCCGGUUGCAUAACCAGGCUUCGACUGGGCGACUUGCUUGCUCAGCCGAGCGCGCCGGCCCUCCGGGACAAGUCCGCCCCGAGGCUGGGGUGGAGAGAGCCGUUGACGCGGAAGGAGGAGGGCAGGGCGGCGAGCGAAGAGCGGGCCGGAGAGCAGCGCAGGACGCCGGGGUAACGGUUGUGGCACAAGAGAAGGGCCACUAAAACAGGUGGCAAGCCUGGCUGGCCUCACCUGAUCCAUCCUAGGACACUUGGUUUAGUUGAGGUUGGGCUUGCUGGUGACUAUGGCUUCACUCCCAGAUGAUGGGAAAGUUCAGGCCUCAUCUGUUGAACAAAAGGACCAGAACCUGCACAAUUUUUCAACUUCAGGUGUUAGUAUUGAAGAGAUUGCAAGGAUCCGUCAACAGUGUAAAGAGGAAAGUUUCUGGUACAGAGCUCUUCCGCUGUCUCUUGGAAGUAUGCUUGUUGUUCAAGGACUAGUUGCCAAUGGUACUUUCAAGGCAAACCCCAGAUCUGGAGCACUGCCUAAAAUGGCACUUGCUGGCGCCAUGGGUUUUGCUGUUGGGACUAUGUCGUACAUAAGAACGUGUCAGAAGAAGUUUGAAAGUAUUGGAGUUCAGUUUUGCCCAGGACAGAAACGGCAUUGUCCUCAUACUUGCAAAGAAUGCAAAGCUAAGUCUGAAAAAAGUGAACUGGAAACUGGAAAAACUGGAAAAAUCCAAGACUCCCAUUUCGUAAAAAGGUACUGAAGGCACCACUCUAGCAAAGAUCAGAUUGAAUUAAGCAAGUCAUGAUACCUGUCCUACAAAAGCAACAGCCUAAACACUGUAAAAUCUGCCUACCUGUUUGCCUGUCUUUCCAUGAUUUUUGAUAAUAAAGCUUAAAAGUUGCUGUGCUUUUAUUUCAUA